GAAGUGGACAGGGUGAUAAGUUAUCUUCAUGCGUCACACCCGUCCUUUACUCCUCCAUUAAUAAGUAGACUCCUCCUCCCAUCUCCAUAGUUCUUCCAUCAAAGAUGGCCUACUACUACAACCAGAGAAGAUCACCCACGGCCGCCGCGAUCUCCGACGGCUUCACCCUCAGCCCGCUCCCGUGGCCCGUCCUCGUGAUCCUGGCCGUGGCCUUCGUGUUCCUCGGCACGUCGUGGUACUUCAGCUUAGAGUCCGCCGUGGAGACUGCCGAGGAGGAGAUGGGGUGGCUCCUGCUAGCCACCCCUGUCGUGCUCCUCCUCCUCGUCCAGUGGCUUUCCUCCAUCGAGAGCCCAGACAGCUUCCUGGGGUGGGACCGGCGCCGGAGGAGCCACCACUGGAUGCCGCCGUCAUCCGAGGGGGGCUCGCCGUGGGGGGUCGCCGCGCUGAUCGUGCUCCUCCUUGUUCUGGUGCAGUACCAGUCUUCCUUUCUCGAGAGCUGGUUUGUUUGACUAGCUAUAUAUUUCAUUAUGGUAUGUAAUAUCUGUGUACAUGUAUAUAUAUAUAUACACUUAAUAAAUACAACUUUCUUUUGGAGAUCAAAUAGUGCGAUUAUUUGGGCUUACCAUUACUCUUAUGAUUUUUCGAAAGACAGACAGUUAUAAGAUUGUGAUCUUAGACC